AUGUCGAACUAUACCACCAUGAACAGGCUCCUAGGAGCUGAGGCUCCAUCAACACCACCAGGAUACGCAGGUAUAUCUAGCGGCUCUGAUCAUACCAGCCCAGUGGUUCCCAACGGACUGCCUGGCACAUGGUUCCCUUCCUCGACAUACCCUUUUGAGGUAUCCAUUGCUAGUGAACAGCCUGGAGCCGACUCAUCACCAGCACAGACUCGUCCUUCAAGUGGAAGCUUCAGCAAUCCCAUAGAAAUCGACUUUGGCAGUCCCUCAUUGCCUGAUAGCAGUACUUGUCUUCUUAACCAAAGUCGGGCAGGUGACAGUAUUGAUAAUCCCAUUGAGAUAGAUGAUCAUGAAUCCGUAUUUUCGACGGAUGGCUUUCUGACCCAGUUGACACGAGCCGGUGACACGAUUGACCACCCGAUCUACAUAGAUGAUGGCACCACAGAGACUGCAACUGACAACGAUACUGGGCACAGUGGAUGUGGCAGUGGUCCAGAGCCCCUGUCUGAUAUCCAAGCUGAGUUUCUGUGCAAGAUAUGUUACAGCCAGGCUGUCGAUCUAGUCCUAGGCUGUGGCCAUACCAUCUGCCAUGAGUGCUUCGUGCAUUAUGUCCAUGAGUCUGUUCUGGCCGAUAAUGACGAAAAACGCUUCCUCAUCAUUACGCGGAACCUGGCAAUCACGACCAUGUCAGUGGUUGUAGCUUCUUUCCUUUGACUUGUCCAGGUUCCAACCAUAUCUGCUUCCUGGAGAAUUGUAUGGUGCAUGGUAUAAAGAUGCGCC